CCAAGAUGGCCGCGUCCUUUAGAAGCAUGUUUUGUUUUGGUUUGGAUGAGAAACAAGCAUAAACAUCCUAUUUAAGAACUACGAGCUCUCUGAGGAAGCCCAGAAAGCGGGACAUGGACAGGAGGGAGUUCGUAGCUUCCUUGGUGGCAGGAGGCUGUGCGGGAAUGUGUGUGGAUCUGACCCUCUUCCCCCUGGACACCAUUAAGACGAGACUGCAGAGUCAGCAGGGCUUCCACAAGGCCGGGGGCUUCAGGGGCAUCUACGCUGGGGUCCCAUCUGCUGCUGUCGGUUCCUUCCCCAACGCCGCUGCUUUCUUUGUCACCUAUGAGUGCGCAAAGUCCCUCCUGGGCGCCGGCGGAGCACCUGCAGCCCCACAGGCGGCGCCUGUCACUCACAUGCUGGCCGCCUCCCUCGGAGAAGUCGUGGCUUGUUUGAUCCGGGUGCCCGCAGAGGUUGUCAAACAGAGAACCCAGGCCUCGCCCUCCUCCAGCACCUACAGCACUCUGCUGGCUACACUCAGAGAAGAGGGCGUCCGAGGCUUGUACAGAGGAUAUGGCAGCACGGUUCUCAGAGAGGUCGAGGCGACCCUUGUUAGAAGAGUGAUGACCCUCCUAAGCUUGACCUUCAUCCCUGAUUCCUUUCUCCCUGGUGCAGUUUCCACUUUGGGAAUAUUUAAAGACUCUGUGGUCGCGGAGGCAAGGUCACAUGCUCUCCCCUUGGCAGUCAGCUGUGUGCGGAGCUCUUGCAGGGGCCGUCUCUGCCUUCGUUACCACUCCGCUCGACGUUGCAAAGACCAGGAUCAUGCUAGCAAAGGCGGGGUCGACCACAGCGAGCAGCAGCAUCCCUCUGGUGCUCUACGAUGUGUGGAGGAGCAGAGGCCUGCCAGGUCUGUUUGCAGGCUGCACACCAAGGGUGGCCCUCAUCAGCGUGGGCGGUUUCAUCUUCCUGGGAGCCUAUGAGAGGGUUCGCUGUACCUUGCUGUAGCAGCUCGUCUCCCUCUGGCUGUCCUGAGUCCUGAGCUGUCGCAAGAACUGCAGAAAGAGUCUCAAGAAGCAGAGUCUUCCUCACCUGCAGGGGAGUGUGUGUGCUGCGCUUCCCGCCCUAAGAGCCACAGCAGCUGCUGGUAGUGGUUGGACCGGAGCCUUUAAAAUUAGUUCAACUGAACGGUUAAAAAAACAAAAACUUUCAAUUUCAAAGUCAGCUGUGAUGAUAAUGACUUAGCUUGGUGGUUUCUUUGACUCCCUCAAGAUUCCUCUUCCAUUUACUUUUUUUUUUAGUGUUUUAUCCAUAUUUUUUCUCCUUAUUAGGCCACAACGCUCCAUUGUGUCAUCACUCUGACAUUCUCACUGCUGUAAAACUGACCUCAUCUGUAUUACCUACAAGAGCCUCUGUUUCUGGGACAGCAGGAUUCUCCAACGGCUCAGAUGAAGGAUUUCCAAAUCCAUCAAUGCAAAGAAACAAAUAUUACAUCAACCUUAUCAACAUCAACCCUCUUACUGCUUUGGUUAGGACUUCACCGUAGGUCUUUUGCGUCAUAAGUUGAAUCCAAAAGGCAACAGUUUGACACGUUUGUUAUAGUGUUUGAAAUGAAUGAUUGUUGACUGAAAAAAAAAAGUAAGUUACAUUUCCUUUCAUCAAAAGGCUAAAAAUGAGUUAAAUAUGUCAAAGUGCUGUGACAGCUUGAGUACAGUUAAGAAAAAAAGUGAACUUUCAUGUUCCAUCACCCCAUCUCACUCAUGUCAUUCUUCAAUCAGACCCACUUUGACCUCAAAGUUCAGAAACUACAUUUAGAGACGGGUUGCAGACUCCUGUGAGUUCUGGUUUUAGAAGAAACAGUCUUGUUCUUUUGCUGCUUUUUUUAUUUAUUUCAGCAACACAAGAGGGAAGCAGUGCUGUUCUUGAGGGGUUUCAACGGAGCCAACAUUUGAGCACUUUUUGAAAGCUGUCUUCGGGAAAAUGUCAAAUUCAAACACUGCUACAGGUCAAUCAGUCAUUUAGGACUCCUGCCUGAUGUAUGAGAUGGAGACUCUGGAAUGUAAAGAACUAUUGUGAAAACUGAGCAAUAUUUUGCGUUAAAGACCCUCUCCGAUGAAAUCCAUGCUGUUGGUGUUUUGACAUGUUCUUGUGGCAUUUUUCUCAUGAUGGAUAAAAUUUAUACAGAAAAUGAAGCUGGAAUUUCAAUUUCUGAGUAUUUUCAAAUUGUUGUGAAUCCAGACCAGAUGAAAAAAUGAGGGAAAAAUCUUGUAGCAGUGAGGUAGAAACUUCCAGCUCCGCCCCAAACUGUUUCCUUGUAGACAUUUGUAGACAAUAGGUUCAUGCAGGUCUUGGUUUUCCUCGUCUGAGCUGGUAUUUGACUCAAAACUGUACGGCUGGAUAGCUGCAAUGUUGCUCGCCAUUUUUGUUGCAGUAACGGGGAAAGGAAAGGGGGUGGGGUUGCUCCGUGCCAAUGAUUCCGCCCACAACUCUGAGGCAAAUUUUUAAUGAACUCCUGCCACUCUGCAGAAACUAUGUCCAAGAAAAACCAAUUGAUUUCAUUUUGGCUCAAACGGGCAUGAUCAGUUCUACAGGACCACUGGGAAGGAUUUCUAAUAGAUCAAAAGAUGAUUGGAGUGGGUCUUUUUGCAGAUACUAAGUUGUUAUUCUUUAAAUAAAGCAUAAUGCAAAUAAAAUAACAUUUUGAUUACACGUUCAUAUUCCUUAAUGCACCAUGCAAAUGUCACUGAAUUUGUUUGCCUUAAUCAUUGGGUUUUAAUUUUUGACUUGAUCACAGUUUAGUUUCAAAUGUGGCAAUUCGUGCUUUUUUCGACUCCUGGAAACUAAAUUAAGAAUGCUUUGAGACAACUUUAAGACUACCUUGGGAAAAUCACAAACUUAAAUAAUCAGAAAAAAAAGUUUAGUUAUAAACAAUUUUACAGUUUGUUCAGAUUGAGUGAUCUGAAACUUAAGGCCUUCAAAUCUAGCAUUGUCCUUUUCUGCGACAUCUCGACUAGUUGGGAGCAACAAAACUACUGAAAAAUGCACAAAACCGGAAUAGGGUCUGGAGUACUGGAUGGAUGGGAUGUUGCACCAACUCAAUGUAUUUGUUCAAAUCUGCCUGCUGUUUCCAAACUCAGUUUUCAGUUUUCUAAAUGUCCUGAGGGUUUUGCACAACCAGAACAUCAGGUGUUGAUUUGUGCCUCCAGUCACUUUUGUGUGAUCUUACAUUCCUUGCUAUGUUUUUUUUUUAUCAGAAUGAAAUCAUUUCAACUUGUCUUGAAAAAUAUACCAAAAACUUGUGCAACUCUCACAUAAAAGUAGUCUUUUAUAAUUA